AGCCCCCCAUCCCUCCGCCUCCCCCUCUUCAGCAGAGCAGCCAGCAACAGCAGCAGAGACGCCGUGACGUGCUGGGAGAGCGUAAUGCCACCAAGCCUGGAGCUGCCUCUCAGAACAAACGCACAACUGACAGCACUGCCUCGCGCUCCUCCUGGCCGUCCUCAUCCUCCCCCGCUGUUUGCAGCCAGAAAACAGAGCGUGAGAGGCUGCCGAAUGAGGGAAGGCAAGAGAGGAGCAGGGGGAAAAAAACAACAAGAGGACUGGAAAGAGAUCGCAGGGAGAGAAGACAGCAUGCGUGAGUCAAAGAGAAAGAGUGCAGAGGAGCAUAAGAAUGGAAGGAGGAAGAGAAGCUGAACACAGACGUGAAGCCCGUCCGAUGACUGCUGCUCUCAUCAACACGUCUUGAUUACAGCGAUAAGGACCUGCGGUUGCGGCUAACCGUCACCUACAUCCUUUUCUUCUUCGUCGUCCUCCAGCCACAGGCAGCUGCAGCGCGGCAGUGUCAGAAACCAACCUCGGGGCUGGGAUGGGGGGGACAAUGCAUCAAGACAGAUGGAGAGAUUGCAACACUCCAGCUCUUUACGCACGCUCAGCUGAUGUCUGGGGGGGAGAGCAGCGGCUACGCGACCGGCUGAACGCGUCGUUUUCCCACUCCGAAUAGCACGAUGGUGAAAAGCGAUCGGUCUGAGCUGCAGCGAGGAAACAGGAGGGUUCAUCGUGGGCUCAUCGUGGGCUCCGGAGGAAACGAGGGAGGAUGUGAGCUGUCCGACCAACGGGGUUAUCUCUUGGUGCGGCCACAGAUGUAAAUAAAUACUGCGGAGUGAACAACCUUUAAACCUGACACAAACUCUUCACUUCUGUGAUCAGAGAGCGGCCGAAGGACACGGAACAAUGCAGUGGAAACGCCGCCACUGUUGUACGCACAUGGCCAAACUUUUCUAUCUCCUCUCUCUGCUGGGAUUCCUGGUGUUUCUGGUCCACCAAGUGUGGCUCCCAAAGCUCUCUGGGAUCCCGUGGAGGAGGGGCUACCCUGUGGUGUAUGGAGGCAUGGUGCUUCAAACCGCAAGGAGCAAAGGGAACGGCAGCGCCACGCACUCAGCAUGGAGGUUCGUGAUCGUUCCCAAGGGAACGUUGACGACCAGUGACAACAGUGUUGACGCUGGCUUUGAGGGUAAUUUGACAGGCAACAGCAGCCAGAGCCAAAUGGGAGCUCUUAAUGCUACUCUGACCCACGGACCUUUCCCUUAUGUCAUCAACGAGCCGGAUAAAUGCCAACAGAGCAAACUUGCCCCGUUUCUCGUCCUGCUAAUUGCCACCGAAGCUCGUCAGGUGGAAGCGAGGAAUGCCAUCCGGCAGACUUGGGGGAAUGAGAGCGUUUUCCCCUCCUUGGGAUUUAUCCGACUGUUUCUGCUGGGGAAGAAAGAUGGAGAGCUGGGGCUUCUGCAGCAGAAGAUGCUGGAGGCAGAGAGCCGGAGGCAUCGCGACAUCAUACAGCAGGACUUCCUGGAUUCCUAUAAAAACCUGACGAUAAAGACUCUGAUGGGAAUGAACUGGGUGGCGACGCACUGUCCGACGGCGAGCUACGUGAUGAAAACCGACAGCGACAUGUUCGUCAACACGGAGUACCUCGUCUACAAGCUUCUGCGGCCGGAUCUGAAGCCCAAGAAGAACUACUUCACGGGCAACAACAUGAGAGGCUUCGCACCCAACCGGAACAAAAACAGCAAGUGGUACAUGCCCCCCGAGCUCUACCCGGGUGAAAAGUACCCCACCUUCUGCUCCGGGACGGGAUACGUCUUCUCUGGGGACCUGGCCGAGAAAAUCUACCGGACGUCGUUGAGCGUCCGCCUACUGCACCUGGAGGAUGUGUACGUGGGAAUCUGCCUGGCCGAGCUGCAGAUCGAGCCCACGCCUCCGCCCAACGGCUUCCUGUUCAACCACUGGCGGGUGUCGUACUCCAGCUGCAAGUACAGCCACCUGAUAACAUCGCACGGUUUCCAUCCCAACGAGCUGCUCAAGUACUGGCAUCACCUUCAGAGCAACAAGCACAACGCCUGCAUCGGCACGCUCAAGGAGAGGACGAGCAGGGCCCACUCCAGACUCCGGGGCAAGCAGGCGCAUUUACUGAAACAGUAGCUGUUAUCAUUGACCGUAUGAUUGCGCCAUUUGACAUUUUGUAAAUAAAUUUGCUUAAUGAAAACACGGCACUCUUGCCAAACAAAAAUGUUUUUGGGUAGGUUUUGCCGCUAGGAUGAAGUGGUUUGUUUCAGCUAUGCUGAAAUUGUUUUAUUUCACAAAACUCCAACAGAAACACUUUCACGUCACACAAAUCACAUGAUCGACAACCAGAUGUUACUGGGGUGAACAACUAAGAUGACAAGAAGUGGCAGGAGGAAGAUGGCGCCGCAUGUUUAAUGGCUUUCUGUGUGAACAAACUUAUUCAUGUGCGAUUUUAAUUGUGUUUAUUUUGAUGGAAAUGCCACAAUUGCAAAAUUGUGAUUUUUCGACACAGACAGAGUUUUGCCAAUAUUUGUAAUGGAAGCGCAGCUACUGUCAGGUCCAUUUAAACCCUACUGCUCAAUACACCAAUGAUUCCCAUCAUUGUCGAACAAAACUUACUUAUUUUGAGAUAAGACAAACAAAACGUGUAAAAACUGAUAAAAUCCUGUGAAAUUGUUGCCAUUUUUUCAACUAAUACUGUUUCCACCAAACUGAUUCCCAGCAGAACGUCCAUGUACACGAUGCUGUGUCAUGAAAAAUAAAGGGUGAAAGGAACAGGCGUGCAGAUGAAACGUCUCUGUGAAAUGUUAAAUCUGCUGU